AGCCACAAACUGAAAAAAAAAAAAAAGCUAAUCGGAUAGUAUUACAUCGCGUUGUACCAAAACAGAACGGUGAGCUCAGUAAUCCGCUGAGGGUCAAAAUGUGUAGCUUGAAAUCCCAAUUCAACCUCCUCAGCCUCAGAUGCACCAAUCUCACCAAUUCUAUCUCAAUUCGUCCACCACUUUUCCCCAUCUCACACCAAAAGCACGCCACAAAUUUACGCACUGGCUCCUCUUUGCUUUCAAAAGUUAGUAUCACCGUUCAUAGGCACACUGUGUCUCAAUGCACAACCAAAUCGGAUGAUAUCAUCAACAAUACAAUUUUGAUCCAAGAAGUCGACCCCAGAUGCCAAAAUUUGUCAAAAGGUCAGAAUUGGACUCAAGUUGGUACAAAUGAGAUAGACUAUUCAAGGUCUUUAAUAGUUGGGGCGGUUUCUGUUGGAGUCUUGCUGUUUCUGAUGGGGUUGGAUGACCAAAAGGCAUUGGCUUUAGGUCCAGAAGGGCCAUUGGCCGAAGAGUUCUGGGACAACGUAAGGAGAUAUGCACUUUAUGCUCUCACUGUCAGUACUGGAGCCCUAUACACAAUCUUCUUGCCUAUUUUUGAGUUACUGAAGAACCCCAUUUCUGCAAUUCUCAUUUUGGCCAUUCUGGGGGGCGGAUUCUACCUAGUUUCCCAAGUGGUUUCUGCUAUGGUAGGCAUCACUGAUUUUUCUUAUGAUUAUAGUUAUUGAUUAGCUAGGGUAGUGGGAUGCAAUCCAUGUCUUGUUUUUUAUUUUAACUUUCAAUACCAGUAAAAGCAUAAUUAAGUUGAAUAUGAGAGCUGUCAAUUUUGCCUAUUA